AUGCCUCACUCAAUCAUCUCAGACAAUGGUAAACAGUUCGAUAAAAAGAAGGUCAGAAGUUUGUGUGAAGAACUCGACAUUAAGAAGCAUUUAUCCACACCUCACCACCGGCAAGCAAAUAACCAGGUUGAGGCUGUGAAAAAAACCAUCAAACAUGUCUUGAAAAGGAAAUUUGAUGUGUCAAAAGGAGCCUGGGUAGAUGAGCUGCCACAAGUGCUUUGGGUAGUCCGAACUACUAUAAGGACCCCCAUAAGGGAAACCACUUUCCUCAUGGCAUAUGGAACCGAGACGAAGAGUUCCGUUGAAGUCGGACUUCCAUCACCACGUCAUCUGCACUUUAGUGAAAUAACAAACGAUGAGCAUCAGAGGUGCGACCUUGACUUCAUUAAGGAAAGAAGAGAUGACUCCCAAAAGAAGCUCGCCACCUAUCAAAGAAAGAUGACAAAGUACUACAACUCGAAGGUGAAGAAGAUGUCAUUUCAAAUCAACGACCAGGUCCUUAGGAGAGUCUUCCUCUCCUCCAAGGAACCAGGCACCGUUUGUUCCACACCACCUCGCACCUCGGAGGAGAGGUCAGGAUUGACAGAAGUGAGAGAGCACGCAAAAAAGAGAUGGAUCCAUUGGAGAAAGAGACUUCAAUACCAUCCCUUGGCCACCUCGCUUGAACUUCGAAGAGCAUGCCACUUGCCUCCCUUUGGCAAGGCUGAACGCAAAGGGGAGAAGCCUCAACAUGGAUGA